GGGGGAGGAGCGGACGGGCAGGCCGGCCCGGCCCGGUCCGGGGGAGGGAGGGAGAGAAGCGAAACCACCAGCGAAGAAUGGUCUCAGCCCGCGGACGCCGCCACCGCCACCGCCGCCGCCACCACCGCCGCUGCUGCUGAGGAGACUCCAGGCUUGAGGACGUCGCUGGAGCCGCUGCCGGGCCGGGGCCGGGACUGGAGCCGCGUCCGCCUGCCCUGCCUGCCCUGCCCCUUCCCUGCCUCCCCGCCCGCCCUUCCCUGCGCCCGAGUCUGGGUCCGGGUGCUGCGGCCUCUGUUUAGAUUUUUAAUUAUUUAUUUUGUAAUUUAUUAUUAAUUAUUCAUCUCUCCUCUCGUGCCGCGGGGGGCUGCGUGUGCGUGCCAGUGCGUGUGUGAGUGACUGAGUGUGAGAAAGAGCGAGCCCCUGUCGGCCUCGGCUGAGCCGGGGGGCGGCGGGUCCCCGGGGCCCGGCAGCGGAGGCAGCGGCGGCGGCAGGUCCCGUCCCCCUUGUCCCCGGGCGGGGCUCCUCUCUAGGCUCGGCCCGGCCUGACCCGGCCUGGCCCGGCCCGGCCUGACCCUCCGCCCCGGGGCCGCGGCCGGGGCAGCCGCCGGGAGUAGGUAGAGAGAGCGGGCGGCUGGCCGGCCCCGCGGCGGCCUCCUCUUCCACCCCCCUUCCCCUGUUCCCUCGCCCGCCCGCCCGCUCGCCCGCCUCCCUCCCCGGCGUCUGUGUUUCUCUCUCUGGUCGGAGGCGGCGGUAAUGGCGGAUGGUGGGUUGUGGCGCCGGCGGCGGCUGUGAGGGACGAUGAGUUCCUGCUUCGUGCCGAACGGGGCCAGCCUAGAGGAUUGUCACUGUAACCUCUUCUGCCUGGCUGACUUGACAGGAAUUAAAUGGAAACGAUAUGUAUGGCAAGGCCCAACUUCUGCCCCAAUUCUCUUUCCGGUGACUGAAGAAGACCCUAUUUUGAGCAGUUUUAGUCGCUGUCUUAAGGCAGAUGUACUUGGUGUUUGGCGGAGAGAUCAGAGACCUGGAAGAAGAGAAUUGUGGAUAUUUUGGUGGGGGGAGGACCCCAACUUUGCUGAUCUUAUUCACCAUGACUUAGCAGAAGAAGAAGAUGGAGUGUGGGAGAAUGGACUUUCCUAUGAAUGCCGCACUUUGCUUUUCAAAGCAGUUCACAAUCUGUUGGAGAGGUGUUUAAUGAACCGUAACUUUGUACGAAUUGGCAAGUGGUUUGUGAAACCCUAUGAAAAAGAUGAAAAACCUAUAAAUAAAAGUGAACACUUGUCCUGCUCUUUCACUUUUUUCUUGCACGGGGACAGCAAUGUUUGUACCAGUGUGGAAAUUAACCAGCACCAGCCUGUAUAUCUUCUUAGUGAAGAGCACAUCACCCUUGCUCAACAAUCUAAUAACCCUUUUCAAGUUAUCUUAAGUCCGUUUGGAUUAAAUGGCACUCUAACAGGACAAGCAUUCAAAAUGUCUGAUUCAUCCACCAAGAAAUUGAUUGGUGAAUGGAAACAGUUUUAUCCUAUUUCAUCAUGCUUGAAGGAAGUAUCAGAAGAAAAGCAGGAAGAUAUGGAUUGGGAAGAUGAUUCUUUAGCUGCUGUGGAAGUUCUUGUUGCUGGUGUGCGAAUGAUCUAUCCAGCAUGCUUUGUGUUAGUCCCUCAGUCAGACAUUCCUACUCCUAGCUCCGUGGGAUCUUCUCAUUGUUCAACUACUUGCUUGGGUGUCCACCAAGUGCCUGCCUCUUCAAGAGAUCCUGCCAUGUCUUCAGUAACUCUGACUCCACCUACAUCUCCUGAGGAAGUCCAAACAGUUGAUGCCCAGUCUGCUCAAAAAUGGGUCAAAUUUCCUUCCGUUUCUGAUGGAUUCAACUCAGAUAGUACUAGCCAUCACGGUGGGAAAAUACCCAGAAAACUAGCCAAUCAGGUGGUGGAUAGAGUGUGGCAAGAAUGCAAUAUGAACAGAGCACAGAACAAGAGGAAGUAUUCUGCUUCAUCAAGUGGUAUGUGUGAAGAAGAAACUGCUAACAAAGUUGCAUCCUGGGAUUUUGUGGAGGCCACACAGAGGACAAGUUGCAGUUGUUCAAGGCACAAAAAUUUCAAAGCAAGAAAUUCUGGACAACAGGGGCAGGCACCACCUGUAGGCCAGCAACAACAAGCAGCUCCCAAGCACAAAGCCAAUGAGAAGCAAGAAAAAAGUGAAAAGCCACAGAAACGUCCCUUGACUCCUUUUCACCAUCGUGCAUCUAUUAGUGAUGAUACUAUGGAAUCAGAUACAGCCAGUCAGAGGCUGGUGAUCUCUGCUCCAGACAGCCAAGUGAGGUUCUCAAACAUCCGAACUAAUGACGUGGCAAAGACUCCUCAGAUGCAUAGCACUGAAAUUGCAAACUCCCCUCAGCCACCACCUCUUAGUCCUCAUCCAUGUGAUGUGGUUGAUGAAGCAGUAACUAAAACCCCUUCAACUCCUCAGAGUCAACAUUUCUAUCAAAUGCCAACACCUGAUCCCUUGGUACCUACUAAACCAUUGGAAGAUAGGAUAGAUGGUUUGUCUCAUUCUUUCCCAGCACAGUUUCCAGAAGUUUUGGAGCCCACAGUAUAUGUUGGUACAGCUGUAAACUUAGAAGAAGAUGAAGAUCAUAGAACCUGGAAGUAUUACAAGGUCCCAAAGAAAAAAGAUGUGGAAUUUUUACCCCCACAGCUUCCAAGUGAUAAAUUCAAAGAUGAUCCAGUUGGACCUGCUGGACAGGAAAGUGUAACAUCAGUUACAGAGUUAAUGGUGCAAUGUAAAAAACCUUUAAAGGUUUCUGAUGAACUGGUGCAACAGUAUCAGAGUAAAAAUCAGUAUCUUUCAGCAGUAGUAUCUGAUAUGGAACAAGAACCUGAAAUUGAUCCAUAUGCAUUUGUUGAUGGAGAUGUGGAGUUUCUUUUUCCUGAUAAUAAAAAAGAUAGGCAGAACAGUGAUAGAGAACCUGGGAAAAAACAUAAGGCAGAAGAUGGGACUUCUAAUGUAACAGUGUUAUCACAUGAAGAAGAUGCUAUGUCAUUAUUUAGUCCUUCUGUCAAGCAAGAUGCACAGCGUCCUGGUGGUCAUGCCCGUCCUCCAUCAACCAGCCUCAUUUAUGAUUCUGAUCUGGCCGUCUCUUAUACUGACCUUGACAAUCUCUUCAAUUCUGAUGAAGAUGAACUAACACCUGGCUCUAAAAAAACACUGAAUGGCUCAGAUGAAAAAUCUAAUUGCAAGGAGUCAAAGGCAGGGAAUUUGGAUCCACUAUCAUGCAUAAGCACUGCAGAUCUUCAUAAGAUGUAUCCAACACCUCCAUCAUUGGAACAGCAUAUUAUGGGAUUUUCCCCAAUGAAUAUGAACAACAAAGAAUAUGGUAGUAUAGAUACUACGCCUGGAGGAACUAUCCUGGAUGGGAAUAGUUCCAGUAUAGGAGCCCAAUUCAAAAUUGAGGUUGAUGAGGGAUUCUGUAGUCCCAAACCUUCUGAAAUUAAGGAUUUUUCAUAUGUCUAUAAACUGGAAAAUUGUCAAGCUCUGGUGGGAUGUUCCAUGUUUGCACCUCUAAAAACACUCCCCAGCCAGUGUUUGCCUCCUAUUAAGCUUCCAGAAGAGUGCAUUUAUCGGCAAAGUUGGACUGUUGGAAAAUUAGAGUUGCUUCCUCCAGGGCCCACCAUGCCUUUCAUCAAAGAGGGUGAUGGAAGUGCUAUUGAUCAAGAAUAUGGCCCUGCUUAUACUCCUCAAACUCAUACUCCUUUUGGAAUGCCCCCAAGUAGUGCACCUCCUAGUAAUAGUGGAGCAGGGAUUCUUCCUUCUCCUUCCACCCCUAGAUUUCCAACUCCACGAACACCAAGGACACCUCGGACGCCUCGUGGAGCUGGUGGGCCUGCCAGUGCCCAAGGUUCAGUCAAAUAUGAGAAUUCAGAUUUGUAUUCACCAGCUUCCACCCCAUCAACGUGCAGACCCCUAAAUUCUGUUGAGCCUGCAACUGUUCCAUCUAUCCCUGAAGCACAUAGUCUUUAUGUAAACCUCAUUCUUUCAGAGUCAGUAAUGAAUUUAUACAAAGACUGUAAUUUUGACAGUUGCUGUAUUUGUGUGUGCAACAUGAACAUCAAAGGUGCUGAUGUUGGAGUUUACAUUCCAGAUCCAACACAGGAAGCACAGUAUAGGUGUACCUGUGGCUUCAGUGCUGUCAUGAACAGAAAAUUUGGAAACAGCUCUGGAUUGUUUCUUGAAGAUGAAUUAGAUAUCAUAGGACGUAAUACUGAAUGUGGUAAAGAAGCAGAGAAACGUUUUGAAGCUCUCAGGGCUACCUCUGUUGAACAUGUCAAUGGAGGACUGAAAGAAACUGAAAAAUUGCCUGAUGAGUUAAUAUUAUUGCUACAAGAUCAGUGCACUAAUUUAUUUUCACCAUUUGGAGCAGCAGACCAAGAUCCUAUUCCCAAAAUUGGUGUAAUUAGCAACUCGGUACGUGUUGAAGAACGGGAUUGUUGCAAUGACUGCUACCUUGCAUUAGAACAUGGACGUCAGUUCAUGGAUAAUAUGUCAGGAGGAAAAGUUGAUGAAACCCUCGUGAAAACUACAUGUUUACAUCCCUGGGCCAAAAGAAAUGCUGUAGAUGUAAGCAUGCAGUGUUCACAGGACAUCCUUCGAAUGCUUCUGUCCCUUCAGCCAGUACUUCAAGAUGCCAUUCAGAAAAAAAGAACAGUGAGAUCUUGGGGAGUCCAAGGUCCUCUUACUUGGCAACAGUUUCAUAAAAUGGCUGGCCGAGGCUCAUAUGGAACUGAUGAGUCCCCAGAACCACUGCCAAUUCCCACAUUUUUGGUGGGAUAUGAUUAUGAUUUUCUGGUGCUCUCUCCAUUUGCCUUGCCUUAUUGGGAGAGGCUGAUGCUAGAACCCUAUGGAUCUCAAAGAGAUAUAGCAUAUGUUGUACUAUGUCCAGAGAAUGAAGCCCUUUUGAAUGGAGCAAAAACCUUUUUUCGAGAUCUUACUGCAAUAUAUGAGUCCUGUCGAUUAGGACAACAUAGACCCAUUUCACGAUUAUUGGCUGAUGGGAUCAUGAGAGUUGGAUCUACUGCUUCAAAGAAACUUUCAGAAAAGUUGGUAACUGAAUGGUUUUCUCAGGCAGCUGAUGGCAACAAUGAAGCAUUUUCUAAACUCAAGCUGUAUGCACAAGUCUGCAGAUACGACCUGGGUCCUUAUCUUGCUUCCCAGCCAUUGGAUAGCUCUUUACUUACCCAGCCAAAUUUGGUUGUCCCCACAAGUCAGUCUCUCACUACACCACCUCAGCUGUCAAAUACUGGGAAUUCAAACACUCCAUCUGCCACCCCAGCAACCACAACUAGCAGCACUAUGACUAUGACUUCAUGUAGCUCUUCUGCAGUCACCACAACUAAUUCUACUUUGACUACAACUUCCUCCUCUUCCUCCUCCACCAACAUAAACAGUGGAAUGUCAGCUAAUAAACAGACUUCAUUUCCACCUUUUGGAAGCAUGAACAGUGCUGCUGCUGGAUCUAUGCCUACCCAAACAGCUACUGUUCAGAAUGCCCAGUUAGGGGGACAACAGCCCCCAACUCUACAGACUGCUGGAGUUUCUGCAGAAGCAUCAUCUGGUCCAACUCAGCUACAUCCAGAAGUGUCUGAAAGCACUAUGGAUCGUGAUAAGGUGGGAAUUCCAACAGAUGGUGAUUCACAUGCAAUCACUUACCCACCUGCAAUUGUUGUUUACAUAAUUGAUCCUUUUACAUAUGAAAAUAAAGAUGAGAGCUCUAAUUCUAAUGUAUGGACCUUGGGUCUACUUAGAUGCUUCUUGGAAAUGGUCCAAACUCUUCCACCAAAUCUCAAGAGUACUGUUUCUGUACAGAUUGUCCCAUGUCAAUACCUGCUACAACCUGUGAAACAUGAAGAUAGACAGAUCUAUACGCAACAUUUAAAAUCUUUGGCUUUUUCGGUCUUUACCCAGUGUCGGAGACCACUUCCAACAUCAACCAAUGUAAAAACGUUAACUGGCUUUGGGCCAGGUUUAGCAAUGGAAACCGCCCUUAAAAGUCCUGAUAGACCAGAGUGUAUUCGGCUUUAUACUCCUCCUUUUAUUCUGGCCCCUGUGAAGGACAAACAGACAGAACUAGGAGAAACAUUUGGAGAAGCUGGACAGAAAUACAAUGUACUUUUUGUGGGCUACUGUUUAUCUCAUGAUCAAAGGUGGCUUCUUGCAUCAUGCACAGAUCUAUAUGGAGAAUUAUUAGAAACUUGCAUCAUUAAUAUUGAUGUUCCAAACAGAGCUCGUAGGAAAAAAGGUUCUGCUCGAAGACUUGGUCUCCAAAAACUGUGGGAAUGGUGUUUAGGACUUGUGCAGAUGAGUUCUUUACCCUGGAGAGUUGUAAUUGGUCGCUUAGGAAGAAUAGGGCAUGGAGAAUUAAAAGAUUGGAGCUGUUUGCUAAGUCGUCGCAACCUGCAGUCUCUUAGUAAAAGACUAAAAGAUAUGUGUAGGAUGUGUGGUAUAUCUGCUGCUGACUCUCCAAGCAUUCUUAGUGCUUGCCUGGUAGCAAUGGAGCCCCAAGGAUCUUUUGUUAUUAUGCCAGAUUCUGUGUCAACAGGAUCUGUUUUUGGACGAAGUACUACUCUAAAUAUGCAGACAUCUCAGCUUAAUACCCCACAGGAUACAUCAUGCACGCAUAUACUUGUAUUCCCUACUUCCGCUUCUGUGCAAGUAGCUUCAGCUACUUACACCACUGAGAAUUUGGACUUGGCUUUCAAUACAAACAAUGAUGGAGCAGAUGGAAUAGGUAUUUUUGAUCUGUUAGACACAGGAGAUGAUCUUGACCCUGACAUCAUUAAUAUACUUCCUGCAUCUCCAACUGGGUCCCCUGUACAUUCUCCAGGAUCUCAUUAUCCUCAUGGAGGUGAUGCUGGCAAGGGUCAAGGUACAGAUCGGCUGCUUUCAACAGAAUCUCACGAUGAAGUAACAAAUAUUCUUCAGCAACCGUUGGCCCUUGGUUACUUUGUAUCAACUGCCAAAGCGGGUCCAUUACCUGACUGGUUUUGGUCAGCAUGUCCUCAAGCACAACAUCAGUGUCCCCUCUUUCUUAAGGCCUCUUUGCACCUCCAUGUGCCUUCAGUGCAAUCAGAUGAGCUGCUUCACAGUAAACACUCCCACCCACUUGACUCAAAUCAGACUUCAGAUGUCCUCAGGUUUGUUUUGGAACAGUACAAUGCACUCUCCUGGCUUACCUGUGACCCUGCAAUCCAGGACAGACGGUCAUGUCUCCCAAUUCAUUUUGUGGUGCUGAAUCAGUUAUAUAACUUUAUCAUGAAUAUGCUGUGAUCUUCUGAACUGUGCAAGAAAAGAACAAGGAAAAAGGGAUUUUAUUUCAUUGCAGGACUAAGUUAUAAUCUUCUCAGUGCAAGUCAUUUGUGAUGGGGUAUCAUUCUUCUUACUUCAACAAAUAUUGUUUUGACCCGGGGGGAGGGGGCUGUAACCCUGCUGUUUUUCACUGAUCAUAUACCGAACUUUUAGGAUUAUGAUGAUUGAUCAUACAAAAUGUAUUAUAACAUUUUAGUAGCAAAAAUUAACCUUUUUUUUUCCAGUCACAGUAUUUGUGAAAGUAAUGAGCCAUAGUGCCCAGUCAUGUUAAAUGAAUAUUAAAAGCAUGGAGAAGAGACACAAGGAACAAUGAGUUCAGCAUAUGGCUUCAGAACAUCAAGAUGUUCUUGUAUUGGAUUAUAGUACCUAGUAUUCAAAAAUGCCUGCAUCUUAUUUAUUGUAAGUUUUUAAAUGUAUAAAUUGUCUUAUAUUUCUUAACCUCUUUUAUAAAAAUUUUCCUAGAAGGUUUAUACUGCCUUCUUGCUUUAAAGCAAUUGGUCUAAAAUAUAUGUAAUCGUCUUAAUUAAAAGUUGCAGUAGGGUUGCUUUUAGAGUAUUAUUUUUUUGUAAGGGGGUGGGUGGGACAGUAAAUUUGUAUUGUCUUGAUGUACAGUUUAAUGGGGAUAGAGGGGGGUUAAUGUCCAUGCCAUUGUGUGUGGAGGAUUUACAGCUAAGCUGUAGUUGCAGAGUACAUGUACAGUAAUGAAGUUCACUGUGUUUAUAAAUUGAAAAGGUACCGGGUCUUACAGCAUUUUAUAUAUCACACCUUUACAGAGUAACAUGAUGGCAAUAUACAAGUGAUAUUGUUAGGUGGUUUAACUUGUAGUGAGAAUAAAAUUAAUUCUUCAGUUGUAUUUUGUAUUAUGGUUUAGGGCUAUGACUAAUAUUUCAAGCCUUUUCCAUUAAUAGAAAUUUAGUGUUUAUGAAAUAUUUGCUAUCAGAUACUGUUAUCCUGAUGUUAAUUUAUAAUUUUUAACACCAUGCGCAAAAGAUUCUCAGUUUCAAUGUCAAAAUCGAGGCAUGCUGAUAAUUCUAUAUUAUCUCUAGGAUCUUUACUACAAGGUUGAAAUUUAGCCCAGCUCUAACCAUUUUACAAAUGUUUUUAAAAGCAGUCACUCUUGAUUUUUUUUUUUUUUUAAGAUCAGGUAUGCGUGGGUGUGUGGGUGUGUGAAUGGGGGUGGGGGGGUGAGUGCAAGCAAACUGUGGUGUAAAUAGAUUCUCAGUGAAUUCUGGUAUUCAGACUCUAUUCCACUAGUGAAAUAACCAUUUUCUAAACUUCUUAGACCUGAUUCCCUUUGCCUUUUUUAUUUAUUUAAUUUCCUUGGUUUGGAGGUGGCAGUCCCAAACACUAGAGUCCAUACUUUUUCAUCACACAGCUCAGAUAAGGUGCAUGCCAAGGAGGUUCUCACCUCCCUAAAGAAGGGACUUGAAUUUGAGGGACUUUAAUUCACCCCUUCCUUCAUCACGUUCCCCCAUCCCCCUUUUUGCACAUGCCAAGAUGAUGGCUGCAGUUAUGCAGCUUCUACUCCCUUGAAAAAUCCCUUCUACAAUGCUGUUCACAUGAGAGCCCAUUAGCCUCCUCUUUGGAGGUAGGACUGACUUGAUUCCGUAAAAUGCCGCCUAGUCUACCUAUUUCUCGGAAGCAGUCUGGUAAAACUUCUAUUAGUGCACUCACUAAUCCUCUACAAGGACAAAAAUCACUUGUAUUUACAAAACUCCAAUUUUGUUUUUUUUUUCCCCUGAAACCCCUGUUUCAUAAAUAUAAAAUAAUAUCUGAAUUAUCACUUUCAUAUGAACAACCUAACUUCUUUGAAUUGUGUAUAUAAAAAUACUAGCAACCCUUGUUUUUGUACAAAGAAAAUGUUCCAUUGAUGACAAAGGUUUUCAGUCAUUUCUUCAAAAUAAUAGUGCAAUCCAGAUGGUCAGCUUAUUUUGAUAUUGAGUAUAAAGAUCACAUCUCUGCAUUGAUUUUUAAAUUAUGCUAACAAUACAGAGUCAGUUGGUAUGUUUUGUUCUAUAGCUUUUUAAAAAUUUGGCUGGAAUCUGAGGGAAAAGAGGCUAAUUUGGAGUUUCCAAAAGUACCCCUUUUUUAUAUUUGAAACUCAGCAAUGACUGUCUUUAUUUCCAUUGUUGAAAUUUAUUAGCUUGAAGUGAAUACACCUCCAGCUUGAAACCAGGUAGAAGUAAAAUUUUAAACUCUUGACAGUGAUUUUUCUACUUGUAGCCAUAAGAAGGAACCAGGUUCCUAGAUCCAGACAUCCAGGAGCAUAAUAUAUAGUUCAAUUUAUGUGGGCUAAAUAUUCCUCAAACAUAGGAUUUGCUAAUAGGAUUUCUUCUCUUUACCUCUCUCCUUCCCAAUGCUCUCCCUUUCCCCCCACAUGUCAACUGAAAGUCAAAGUGAAAAUUAUCUAAUAGCCAUUAGGAAAGGUCAGGAGACCCACUACAGAAAAAAAAAAAAGAAUUUAAGACUUUUAUGCAGGAUGAUGGAUCUGCAUGAUAUGAUAUCCAUUGCAGGCAAUGGACACAUUCAAACCAGCAGCGGCAAGAAGCAUGCUAAAGUUAACCUAUUUGGCUUACUUUUAAAUAAAAUAUUUCUUACCUGUUGAAUCAGUUUUCUCAAUAGUGAUUAACAUUCUACCCCUAGGGUGGUAAUGACUAAUUUAUUAUACUGACUUAUCUACAAAACUGUCACAGAUGGGUAAGAGCAGUUUUUUAAAUGUGCAAGCUAAAUAUUAACAGUUUGUACUAAUGGAUCAUCAACAACUUGAAUCCUUGUUCAUUACAGUGCUCAUAUCUGUGUUCUGUGCAGUUGUCCAUUAGGAAGCAUGGUGGAAGUUCAGUAUUUGGGGAUUUGAAGUGAUAAUUAUAUAAUGUCUGCUUCCAGCCAGUCAGAAACAUCUAGCCAUACUUUUCUUAUGCAAGCCAUUCAGUUAUCAGGACUGUGAAUUAACACUGUAUGAAUAAAUUUCUGUACACCUUAUUGUUUGGCCAGAUGGCCACCAAGUGUACUUAUGUGUAAUCCUUAAAUUUUAAAGUAGCUGUAAUUUUUAAAUCUUUCUAAACUUUUCUGAAACCACUAAAAUUAAGCUCUUACUACUUAGUCAAGUAUCCUCAGCUGUAUUCGUACUCAAUUGUCAGUAUGGCACAGAUUACUGUAUUAAAAUAUUCUCCUUUCGUCUUCAUAUUUACCUUCUGAGGUAAUUUUUUAACUUAAUGUGUUACUACAAAGAUUUGCAGAUCUUUAAUCAAGCACUAUGUUAAUACUGUAAUAUCAAAAUACUAUGUCGCAUUAUUUAAAAUGUUCAAAUUGAAUAGAUUAAAAGGAAGUUUUUAAAUGCUGUUGCAUCAUAUAAUUUGCUACACAACCACCUAUGGCAUCGCAUAUCAGUCUAAUACAUUUAAUGUUACACAGAAGUAAUGCUUUGGUCUGGGUUUCCUCUAAAGAAUUUAGUUUGUCUAAAUUAAGUAAAAAUGUUCUUGACUUUUGUUUGCCAAGACACAAAGUAUAUCAGCUGGAUUUGCCUUUUGGUUUUUUUGUGAACCCAGAACUGUGGUUCAGAUUUUUAUUUAUGUGUUUUCUCUUUCAGUGGAGUAUUAAUUAGCAAAACUGGAUUUGGGACCUAAGAUACUCCUCAUGUUGACUUUUUCAUGAAGUUUUAAAAUAGCUUUAGAUUUCAAGGUAAACUGGAUUUGCGGACCUUAAAAGUUAUGGGUUUAAAUUGCAGAUUGUGACAUCAUUACUGGACAUGUCAGCAGCAUCAUAAACCCUCUCAAAACAGCUGGGUCACUUUAAUAAGGGGAGUUUUUAAGUUCUUAUUUAGCAAUGACAUUUAAUAUGGUCCAAUUGUGUUUUUUAACAUGAUAAAAAGAAUAAGGAACAAACACUAUUGCUGCCGAAUGCCAUAAACACUGAGUUGUACAAAUUGUGAUUGAGGAAAUGAAAAAAGGUUUAUACUUUUUAAAAAAAAAAAAAGAAAAAGAAAAAAAACUUCAAAUGGAAUAAAUUAUUCAUGAAGCCUUCA